GUACGUGGAGUGCAGUGAUUCACAUAUUUUAGACCAAAACUGCUUCACCUAAUCUUAUACACUUUUUUACGAGAUUGGCAAAAAGACAAGAGAAUUGUCAUACGCUCGUAAGCUCCAAUGGCAGAGGCAGCAAAGAAAAAGGGGCACAUAGUGAUGGUGCCCUUCAUGGCACAAGGGCACAUCAUACCAUUCCUUGCACUAGCAAGGCAACUCGAACAAAGAACAAACUUCACCAUCACCAUAGCCAACACCCCGCUCAACAUUCAAUACCUCCGAUCUGCCAUUUCUUCUUCAAGUCGAAUCCGUCUUGCUGAGCUACCCUUCAACGCUGCUCAACAUGGUUUACCACCUAACAUAGAGAACGCAGAGAAGCUACCUCUCACUCACGUAGUCAACCUCUUCCACUCCUCACUCAGCCUUGAGGCUCCCCUUCGCUCCCUUGUGUCACAGAUCACACAAGAAGAGGGUCAACCUCCCCUUUGCACAAUCUCUGACGUGUUCUUUGGCUGGAUUAACCUCGUUGCAAAGAGCCUAGGCACUAGGAACCUAACCUUCACCACUUGUGGUGCUUAUGGAACUUUGGCUUAUGCCUCCAUCUGGUCUAACCUCCCCCACAGGAAAACUGACUCUGAUGAGUUUUGGGUUCCGGGGUUCCCCCGAAACUACAGAUUUCACCGCACUCAGUUGCAUAGAUAUAUUAGAGCAGCUGAUGGCACUGAUGAGUGGUCAAGAUUCUUCAUUCCACGGCUUGCACUUUCUAUGGAGUCUGAUGGGUGGAUUUGCAACACGGUUGAGGAGAUAGAGCCUCUGGGGUUGCAGCUUCUGAGGAAGUAUGUUGGAGUUCCUGUUUGGUGUGUUGGUCCUCUCUUGCCACCUGAUGCACUCAAGGGUUCCAAACACCGUGUAGGAAAGGAACCUGGCAUAGCUCUUGAAGCAUGCAUGGAGUGGCUGGACCUAAAGGAUGAGAAUUCCGUUCUGUACAUUUGUUUUGGGUCGCAGAACACGAUCAGUGCCUCACAAAUGAUGGCGUUGGCUGAGGGGUUGGAAGAGAGUGGGAGAUCGUUUAUUUGGGUCAUUAGACCACCUUUUGGUUAUGACAUCAAUGGAGAGUUCAGGGCAGAAUGGUUGCCGAAAGGGUUUGAGGAGAGAAUGAGGGACAGCAAAAGGGGCUUGUUGGUGCACAAAUGGGGACCCCAGUUGGAGAUUCUGUCACACAGAUCCACAGGAAUGUUUUUAAGCCAUUGUGGAUGGAACUCAGUGUUGGAGAGUCUCAGCUAUGGGAUGCCCAUGAUUGGGUGGUCACUGGCUGGAGAGCAAGCAUACAAUGUGAAGAUGUUAGUCGAGGAAAUGGGUGUGGCUGUGGAGCUCACUCGAUCUGUUGAAUCUGUCAUUUCUGGGGAGCAAGUGAGGAAGGUCAUAGAAAUAGCUAUGGACCAAGAAGGCAAGGGAAAGGAGAUGAAGCAGAAGGCAAAUGAGAUUGCAGCUCGCAUGAGAGAGGCCAUAGCAGAGAAUGGUCAAGAAAAAGGGUCUUCUGUGAGAGAAAUGGAUGAUCUUCUUAGAAACAUUUUAUUAUCCAAGGCUCUAUGAUUUGCUACAUUUAGAAUUUGAAUAAUGAUGAAGUUGUUUGUGUAAGGAUACUUUUCUAACUACUCCGAUCUUUAAAAUAAGGCUAAAGGCUCUGAUAAUGAUGCUGUGAAUAUCACAACUCAUUUUAAUUGAUGAUUUGAAAACAAUAUAUAUGGUGAAUGAAUUUCCA